AUGGCACCUCAGCGAGGUAAUCAUCACAGAGAAGACAAUGAUCACGACCCACCCUACAUCACAGACGAGGCGGAAGAGCUCUAUGGUCCUUCAACAAUGACCAUCUCAACUUCGAUGGGUAGACCCACUGGAACUCACUUCAAUCCCCCAGCUGGGGUCAUCAGCCAAAACUACUACUCCCAAACAAGAAAGCCCGAGCCGUGGCCGACUACUUCUGAAUACACUUCGAUCAGCGACUAUCCGCCGUGGACAUCGGAGCCCACUUCCAGACCCUGGACCACGAGAGCAAAACCAACAUCCUACUUCGAAUGGGAUAGCCAACCGUUUUCCUCAACACAGGUUUCGAUUGCUUCCAACAACGCCUCGCCGUCUUGCACCACUGCCCCCGAUGGUGGUUUCGGGGGUCAACGUCCUGGAUUGAACGAAGCACGGGAGCAUUCCAACCGUGGAGCGGUUUACGCCGCUGCUGUUGUCGUUCCUAUUGUGAUCCUCGCAGCUAUUGGAGGCAUCACAUUUUUAUGCCUGCGCAGGCGUAGACGGCAGAGUCAAGGGAUCGUCGUCGCGCAAACAAAAGUUGAGGAGAUGAAGAUGCAAAGUAGACACGAGGCCCAUCUUUAUAUGGCACCCCAGUGUCCAUUGCCACAAUAUAGCGCGUCGCCAAUUGGCAUAUCGUCGACUGCCCCAAUUUGCCCUCAGCCAGUCAUACUUUCCGGCUUGAACGGUGCGUAUUUUACCGGCAUCGAUACAUCCGACAUGGUCUCGGUGACUUCUGGUAACAACGUGCGGACCGACCCUUUCGCAGACAACAACAGCCUCACAGAUGCCCCUCCACCGUACCGCCCACGUAGUCUUGCUACAUUGAGCAUCGCUCUCUCGUCCCGUCAAAGCAGCUUUCGAUCUACGGCACCUCCGCCUGCGUCUUCGCAGACACACCUUAUCGAGCAUUCGCCAUUUGAAGACCCUGAAGAUGAAGACGAUGUCGUUUCUGAGCUAGAGGGGCCCUCACACGGAAGGAGUAUGGAUGCGAUGUCGGCUGUGUCAGAUCUUUCGUAUCAGGAAGACCCUGUCGUAGGAAGAUCAUCUCUUCAAUAA